AAAGCCCAAAAACCCCAUUCAGUCUUCUUCACCCAGCUGCAGGAGUCGAGAGGCUGCAAAUCUUUCGCACUCCAUAAAUUCUACACAGAGGGAAAUCGAUCGAAGCUGUGAAUCAUGUCGGGUGGAAUAGCUCGUGGUCGUCUCACCGAGGAACGAAAAGCAUGGCGGAAGAAUCAUCCUCAUGGCUUUGUUGCGAAGCCAGAAUCUCUUCCCGAUGGUACAGUUAAUUUGAUGGUUUGGCAGUGUACGAUUCCUGGUAAGGUUGGGACUGAUUGGGAGGGAGGGUAUUACCCCCUUGCUCUUCAUUUCACAGAAGAUUAUCCAAGCAAGCCACCAAAGUGUAAAUUCCCUCAAGGAUUCUUCCACCCAAAUGUUUACCCUUCUGGAACUGUUUGUCUUUCAAUUCUUAAUGAAGACAGUGGUUGGAGACCAGCAAUAACAGUGAAACAAAUCCUUGUUGGUAUCCAGGAUUUGUUGGAUUCCCCCAACCCUGCUGAUCCUGCUCAAACUGAUGGAUAUCAUCUCUUUAUUCAGGAUGCUGUGGAGUACAAGAAAAGAGUUCGCCAGCAAGCAAAGCUACGCCCUUGA